AUGGCCCUCUUAGAUCCUGAGCUCGCUCCGAUGGAGGCACAAGACGCCGCCGAGGUCGUCGAGCAGCUCCCGCACAUCGACCAUCGUGCUGACGAGAAGGUCCCGGAUUACGAAUCCAACGAGAACCACGGCGACGAGAAGCACGAGACGAACGAGAAGGCAGGGUCGCUGUCAAGCGGCGCGACCGUCGAUGAGGUAGAGGUUGGCGACAAGGCCCAGCUGUAUGACGAACGCGGCCGUGAGAAGGUCCUCGAGACCGCCGAGGACUUCAGUCGGGCCCUGGUCAGCGGCGACGAUGACCCGGAUCUGAUGAUACAUACGUUCCGCAUGUGGUUCACCGGCGUUGGGCUGGCUGUGUUCGGAGCCGUACUCGGGAUGCUCUUUCAAUUCCGGCCGCAAGUCAUUUCGGUCUCUGCGCUGUUUCUUCAACUACUCGCCUACAUGAUCGGUCGGUUCUUUGAAGCUGUGAUUCCAGGCCCUGGGAGUCGAUGGAACAACGGCAAUCGCCUCUGGAAAUUCCUGAACCCAGGACCGUUCAACAUCAAGGAACACGUCGCUGCUCAGAUCCUUGCCAACACGGCCGCAACAGCAGCGCAGGCUGUCUUUGUCUUUGCAUCCGACGAUCUCUUCUACGGCAUCACUGUCAACCCUGGCAAUGCAAUCUUCACGCUACUCGCCUCCCAGCUUAUUGGCUACGGAUUUGCGGGGAUGUUCCGCGCAUUCUUGGUGUACCCCACGACCAUGCUCUACCCGCAGACGCUGAUCUAUGUCAACCUCUUCGACGUCCUGCACCGAGGCAAAGGCGAUUUGCUUCAGGGCAAACGGUUCCGUUUCUUCUGGAUCGUCACAUUCUUGAUCUUCGUGUACGAGUGGUUCCCUGAGUGGAUCGCGCCCCUGCUCGGCUCGUUCAACAUCGUCUGUCUUUGCGCGCGCAACUCGGAUUGGGUGUCGUACAUCUUCGGAGGCGCAGAGGGAAACGAAGGCAUGGGCUUGAUGGGUUUCGGUCUUGACUGGGCCAAUAUCACGAGUGCGCCGUUCUACCAGCCUCUGGCGACACAGAUCUCCACAUACGUCGGGUGGGCAAUCAACUACGUGCUCCUUCCCGCUAUCUUCGCGUCGAACGCAUGGCACUCGCAGAACUUCCCAUUCAUCUCUCAGUCUUCGGAGGACAUCGGUUAUCGUGGUUCUGUGAUUGAGAAUGGCACGAUCUACGACCAGAACCUUAUCCUGACAGCCGACCAAAGCCUGAACAAGACGGCCUACGAGAUUGUUGGACAGCCAUGGCAGAGUGGAUCUACUGUCAUUUACAACUUUGGUAUCAACCUUUCCAUCGGAGCGAUGUUCGUGCACAUUGGGCUCUGGCAUGGAAAGGAGCUCUGGACAGCGUUCUAUGACUACUUGAGGAACAAGCCCGUCACUGAUCUGCACUAUCAGAAAAUGCAGAUCUACAAGGAAGUUCCGCUGUGGUGGUACGGCGCUGUCACUCUCGGAGCGUUCAUAACUGCUAUGGUCUGCGCUUACACUGAGCACUCGGGCUUGCCUUGGUGGGCGUUGAUUGUCGCUCUCCUGUUCGCUGCCAUGAUCCUGCCCUUUUACGGCGCUAUGUCUGCUGUCGCUGCCUGGUCGACUGGUAUCACGAAUCUAUUCCAAAUCCUUGGUUCGGCUUUAAUCCCGGGUUCCUCUCAGGGGAACAUGUACUUCGAACUCUACUCGAGUCAAUCACUCAUCCAAGCUGCCAGUAUGCUGAGCGACCUUAAGCUCGGCCAGUAUACAAAAUUGCCUCCUCGGGUAACAUUCUCGGUGCAGAUGGCAGGAACGAUCAUCGGUGCAUUGCUCAACUACGUCAUCAUGCAGACGGUUGUUCAGAAUGAGCGAACUAUUCUGCUGAGCAAUGAGGGUACCCGAGUAUGGAGUGGACAACAGAUCCAGUCGUACAACGCGAAUGCCAUCCUCUGGGGUGCCUUGGGCAAGGAGAUUUACGGACCAGGAGGCCCAUACUUCAUCGUUCCCCUCGGUCUUGUUAUCGGUCUCGUGUUGCCUAUUCUUCCUUGGUAUAUCUAUAGGCGCUUCGGCUGGGCAUGGCUCAAGCACGUCAACACGGCAGUACUAGCAGCAUGCAUCGGUGACCUAGCCGGUGGAACCAACGGAUACAUCAACACUUGGAUGUUGAUCGGGCUAACGUCUCACUUCUACAUCCGGAAGUACCGCGCUGGUUGGUUUAGGAAGUACAAUUAUCUGUUCGGCGCCGCUGUAGACGGAGGCUCACAAAUUUUCGUCUUCAUAUUCUCGUUUGCGUUGGCAGGUGCGGGUGGUGUCACGGUUGCGUUCCCGAACUGGGCCCUGAACCCCGUUGGAAACGCGGACUACUGCAAGGUCACGCAGCAAGAAGGCUAA